CGCUCAGAGCUGCUGCUGCUCCGUCUCCAGUCACUUCCUGCUGCUAGCUGCAGUUUUCUCAGUCCGCUACUAACUCGUCCUGAAGAGGGGGGCAGGAUGAGUGAGGAAAUUAUGGUGUCACAGCAGCAAAUCGGAUUCAUGAUGGGGCAAUGAAGAAUAAAAGGAGGAACAGAGAUGUUUGGGAGGGAACGUGAGUCGCGAGGCUUGACUCAAGGACACUUAAGAUGACAUAAACCGAGGACCCACCUUGAACUUUCUUUCUGUUUUGUUUUUGUUGUUUUUGUUCAUAUAUUCUCAGAUGAAACUUUAGUUUUUUACGCUACUGUCUGGUCAUCUAGUCCCGUCACGCCUCUUGUUCGUGCCUAAUUUAUCUCUGAGAUUAAACGAUAGCAAUAGAGGCUUCAAAGGUCUUAAGAAAACCUGCACUCAUCAUAUCUCAGUGGCAUUUAUCACUCUUCAGUCUGCUCUCACCAUGCAACAUACUUCACUGAAAAUCUUCUGCUCUUGAAUUACAAUUCUCAAGCCUCCUUGUGUAAACAAGGUGUGUUUGCUUUUUUGUCUUAUUGAUAAUUUAAUAUAAUUUCCAAUUUAGUUCCUUUGUGUAAUUAUUUAUUGUUUAUGUUAAUUAGCUGCUCAGCUACCUUGAAUCGCUAGCUCACAAGGCAGCUUUAAGAUGUAAUGGAAGUUUAUUUUUAUACGUGGGCAUCUUUUUGUGAAGAGCACUUGUUUUAAUGACUGAUUUUCUUUACCUGUUGUGUUGGAGCGUUGCCUGUUUGCUUCUAAACCAGCAGGAGCCGACAGCUGUUGCUAUCACGCUGUGAUAGGACGGGCUUGUCAUGCAGCUCCCAUGUUCACUGGAAAAUUUACUCUAAAGAAGCGACUGCUGGAAGUUUGUUUUCCUUUUCGUAUGAAGACCUGAUCUGUAACGGACACACUGGAUGAGAAGUUUUUGUUCUUUUUUUUUUUCCUCACAUUACCUGAAGAAUGAUUUAGAAGUUUUCAGACGCUAUUUGAUUUUCCCUGAAAGUCUUGAAGAUCUGGCAGAAGCCGCUCUGCAGGUUUUGGACCUGAACCAUUUCUACUGUCCGACUGAUCAAGCUUGUUUUGAACGGAGAGGAUGCGAUCCCCAGAACCGUUGCCACCGUCUCCAGAAGAGGCCCUCCUUCAUGGCCAGUUUGCCAGUUGGGGAUCCGGCAGCAACGGCAACAAUAACAGCCGCCCGAGCAGCCCUGGGGGGCUCUCCCCUGCUGGCUCCUCAGCUCCAGCGUCCAACUAUGCCUUGACCCUCACCCACUCCCACAUACACAUCCAGCGCCUGUCGCCACGACCGGGAAAGGAAGCCCGUCUCUUGCUGCCUAUAUCAGAACUACUUGGGUGCAGCUGCCCCCGUUUGCCUGCGCCGCCCCUCUUAGUUCUGUACUGGUACCCGCCAGGAAAACGACGAAAGGGGGUGUCCAGACGCAGGCAGGUGAGGGCCUUUCUGGCUGAAAGCAGGCUGGAAGCUGAGAGGUGGUCAGCUGCUGUGCAGUGUUUACUCAGAGAUGUGAGCGUCACUGCUAACACAGAAUUUUCAAGAAGUCUCCUACCUCGUUCCAGGCGACUACUGUUAUUGGUCAAUCCGUUCAGUGGGAGGGGCCAAGCAAUGCAGUGGUGUCAGACCCACAUCCUGCCCAUGAUUAGAGAGGCCAACAUCAGCUACAACCUCAUACAGACAGAACGCCAGAAUCACGCCAGGGAGCUCAUCAGAGACAUCCCUCUCCUGGAGUGGGACGGCAUCAUCAUCGUCUCUGGAGAUGGGUUGCUGCAUGAGGUAAUCAAUGGGCUGAUGGAGCGCCCAGACUGGGAACAAGCAAUAAAGACACCUGUCGGCAUUUUGCCCUGCGGCUCUGGAAAUGCACUGGCUGGCUCCAUCAACCACUACGCAGGGUAUGACAUGUGCCUUCGAGAGCCCCUCCUUUUAAACUGCUGCUUUCUGCUGUGCCGAGGCGGCGUCCGGCCCAUGGACCUGGUUUCUGUGACAACAAGCCCUGCUCUGGCCAACAACAGCAGCCACGCUGCAGCACCCAGGAGGCUGUUUUCCUUUCUGUCAGUGGCCUGGGGCUUUGUGUCUGACGUAGACAUAGAGAGUGAGAGGUACCGUGGUCUGGGAUCAGCUCGCUUCACCUUGGGCACUUUAGUGCGAAUAGCGUCACUUCGAUCCUACAAGGGCCGCCUGUCCUUUCUGCCUCCGUCGGAUGUCACUAAAUCGUCGAAUGGCACGCCCCCCCCACCAAAGAGACCCCUUUCCCGCAGCAUCACCGAAGGCCUAGAGGGCUUCUGCAAAAUGCCGAUUCAUCGCACCUGCUCUGACAUGGGCAUUAACGAGCAGAGGAGCCUGCGGAAGGGCGACGGGGAGAGGGAAAGGGAGGAGAGACAGAGGGAGAGGGACGAGAGACAGAGAGAGAGGGAGAGAAGAAGAGAGAGGGCCAGGGGAGGAGGAACCGGCGUGGUGAGGGCCAGCAGCCUGGCAGAAGACCGAGAGAGGGAGAUGGAGGCAGAAGAGGACAAGUCGGGGACAUGUUCUGAGUCAAACGAGAGGGAUGUGUGCAACAUGGGAAGGGAGGAGAGAUUGGAGGGGAUCCAGGAUGAAAGGGAGGACGAGGAAACAACUGAGCAAGACUCUUGUGAGAUGGAUGAGGAUGAUAGGGGGAGGGACGGGGAGGGCAGUAGGGAUUCUGUAGAGGGGGACGGGGUGUUGGAUGCAAAGGAGCUGGGGGAGAGAGAUGGAGUAGACAUGGGGCAGGAGGCAGACGAAGAGCGGGGAGGUUACCAGGACCGCCUUCCGGAAACCCGACAGGUGGUGAGAAAAAACUCUGCUCCUUCAAGUCAGAUAGCCGACGCCCUUCUGAGUCCGCCGCUCAGUCAGGAGGCAGACUCCAACUCCAGCUCCUCGUACGGGGUGGAGGACACGGAUCUGAAUGAAACCUACUUCCCUCUGGAUGUGGCCCGUGAGCGGUCUCUCACCAUCUCCUCCCCCUUUCGUCAUUCUCCCUUCUCUUACAAGCAGAAGGGCCUGGACCUAAACCAGAACGCCUCUCGUCCGAGGCCCCUUUCCCUCCUCCAGCACUCCAACUCCAACUCCCUCCCCCCUAAACUCCCCUCCCUCUCUUUGUCUCCCACGCCACCCUCUUCCCCUUCUUGUGCCUCCCCGCACUCGUCAUCCUACCUCGCCCCCCGCCCCAACACCCCAAACUCCAACCUUACCUCCCCCGCUUUACGCACACCGUCCUCAUCUUUUAACUUUGACAUUGCGGAACCAGCUGGACCUUUCAAGAACCGUCCAUUCGUCUCGCUGCCUUUUGAUCAACUCGGGGAUGACUUGUUACCCCCUCUGGAUCAACCCAUUCCCACUAGAGACUGGGUCACCAUCGAAGGGGACUUCGUCCUGGUCUUGGCCCUUUACCAGUCUCACCUUGGGGCUGACCUCCAUGCCGCACCCCAGGCUAGGUUUGACGAUGGCCUGAUCCACCUGACCUUUGUGCGGGCGGGCAUCUCCAGAGCCACGCUGCUCAGACUGUUCUUCGCCAUGGAGAGAGGAACCCACCACUCCGUCAGCUCGCCGUACGUGAGCCACGUCACCUGCAAGGCCUUCAGGUUGCAGCCUCUUUCUACACGGGGAACGCUCACCGUGGAUGGCGAACUUGUGCCAUAUGGGCCGCUCCAAGCGCAGGUUCAUCCUUCCAUGGCUCGCCUCAUCGUUGGAGACUCUGGAGUAAAGGUGACCAGACUUUAAUCAGGGAUUGGUUGACUUGACUGACAUAUCAGAACUCUACUGAAUUAUUUUAUCUAUGUUGCCAACUGUACUCUAUGAGAGAGGCGGGAAUGUCGAAGGCACUUAAAUUAGCCUUAAUUACAGGAACCUGUUUUUUUUGUGGGGAAUUUUAAAGAAGGGAUAACGUACCGAGCCACGCAGCGUUAGCGAGCGGCCGCAGUGAUUUUAGGAAACCUGAAAAUGGAAGAAAAAUGCACCUGGUUGCACAGAUGUUGGAGCACGCCCGGCGUACCUCGAGAAGCAUGACAAAUGCACAGCCUUGGAUGAUGAGAGGGAAGAGCAGUCGAAUGAUUCGGCUUUAGUUGUGCAGAUAGUGCAUGUGUGUGUGUGUAGUAUGCAUGCAAACAAGCGCUGAUUUUUUUUGCCUUACAUUAAGACAAGAAAUCAGAUUAAAAUCUAAGAAAGAUGUUCUUAAACACGAGUCGUCCUCCAUCUCUUACCUGAAGCCCUGCCUCCUCCCUUCUCCUGCUUCAGAAGAAACCUCCAGUCCCUCAAAGGAAUGCCUUACCUGACAUCGUACAGUACAGCAGUACCUUUGCCCGUUCUUUGUUAUGUAAGGAAACUAAAUCGUUCUUGAGCUCCGUCCUAAUACUAGAUCACACCAGAUACAUGAAAGCAGAACUGUUUCUGUAGUUUUACACUUUUUCUGAGCUCCAGCUGUUAUUUUCCUGCACCUGUUUACCAGGUGGAGGAAGUAUUUUGAUGCAACUGAAUCAGCGUGGAGAAGCAAAAACAAACCAUUCACGAUCGAAUGUUAGCCAUUACUGACAUAUUUGCAUUCUGCCUGCUUGUUUAGCCAGUGGAUGCACGCUGCUGAAGAUGUCGGUGAUGCUGGUCUUUGCAUCUUAUUGACCAUAAAAUAAUGCCCGAACAAAGCGAGCUGCUUUCUCUCUGCUACUUUUGUUUGAAUGAAAGAGAGUAAAUCAGAUGUGAUUAGCUGCCUUUUAGCCUUUCGGCGUCACGUCCAAACAUUAAUAAGCCCCAAUUGUGUAGAAGGUGGUGCACAAAAACUGACAUUAAAGCAUCACAGAAAGAUGCAUACUAAUAGAUAAGUACUAAAAUCAGAGGAAUGUUAUUAAGAGAGGGUUUGAUUGAUAAACUGGAUGCACUAGCAUUGUUUUAGUGAAGAAAUAAAUUAUUGCUUUUAUUUAUUGCUGUAAUUUGAACACAAAUGUAGAAAGUUAGAGUUUACAGACAGACAUAAUACAUUUUUAAAAACGACAAGACUAAAAUAAAGCAGCUCUGUUUUCUUAGAUCGGCUUUAACUAAGAUGGAAGAAAAACGAACAACUUGCACUGUGAUUAAUCAGCUGCAAAGCCAGCCCGCUGAACUCACACUGAAGCCUGUUGAGAACAGUGAUACUUUCAAAAGUAGCAUUCAAUCAGAUGUGAUAUUUUGGAGGGUGACGUACUGUUUAAACAUUAAUUUUGUUAUCGUCAAACCUGCUGAAACACUCAACCUCCGCUAAAUCAUUAGCAUGUGUAAUGUAGGAAUCGGUAAAAUCACCUGCCAACUGCUUGGAUCACCAUCAGCAUACCGUAUUUGUCAAAUCGAUGCCUUUGUGUAAUAAGCCUGUAAAUUCCGGCUGCUAAUGAUGAACUGUUUAAACCCGACCGCAACGAAUGGAGUUAAAAAAAAGAUUUGUUUCUGCCUUGUUUCCCUUUUUGAGUGCACAAUACAACUAAUCUACCAACGCUGCUUUGAGCUUACACAGCUACCAAUGCUAGUACACUUUGAGGCUAAGCUUGUAAUAUUACUAAAACAGAAAAUGAUACAUACACUUUGGGCGAAAAGUUGUUGCCAAAAUGUUUACUCUUGGUGUUGAAGAGCCUAGUCAUGACCGUUUACUUUCCUAGACCAGCGUCGUCAGUGGCCAGAGCCGGGACCAUGGUGUUGUAGACCAAUUUGCUAUGAAGGUGUCCAGUUGAAAAUGCUAUGAAUUUGUCUGUAGUAAACUACCUGUAAUCAAAUGGUAAUUAUUACUAAAUCAAUUAAAUGUAUACAAAUGCAGUGUACCAAUUAUAGUUAUCUGUUUGCAAAUAAAUGUAACUUCAUACA